AUGUUUAAUCAUAAAUCCAAAAGGCCAUCCUUAUUGUACAUUGAAUGUAAAUCAAGAGAUAUAUCAAGAAGGGGUUCAAGAUUGAGUGAUAUUUUUGAUGAUACUAAUUAUAAAUAGAAUACCUUUUAAUAAUAAAGAUAAUAAUAUUCAACUACUAAAAAUAAGGAUAUUCAAUCUUUGAAUAUAAUGUACAAACAAGCUAUGUUUGAUUAAUAAAUCUUGUAGGAUUAAACUUAUAUGCUCAUUGAAGAUUUGAAUGGUAAAUUGUUACAAAGAGCAGAAUUGAUAGGAUAAAUUGAAGAAUUAGAAGAAUUGAUAGAUUAUCAUAAAAAGCACAGUUCUAUUGAAAUUGGAUUUACACUUAAAUUAUAAAAAUUAGAAAUUCUAAUUCAACAAUAUUAAAAAUAGUCUCUGAACACAUCCCAAUUAUUAAGAUAAAAAGAAAUAUUUUAUCAAGAUUUGAAAAAACUAGUUAAUUAAGAGGCUUUCAAUGCCUUUGGAAUGUACUUGAAAUAAUGGGGUACAUUAUUAAUUAUUAUUUUUUGAAAGGACAUGAAUUUGAACUCAUUAAAAAUAAUUAUGGUCUUGAAACAUAUCAAUAAGUUUUAGCUGAAAAACAAUAGGAAUUCGUUUAAAAUUUAACCACUCUUUAUGAAAAGAAAAUAAAUGGUAUUCUCUAGCUAUUCAAAAAUUAUCAAUUAUUAAAAAAUUCUAUGCUUAACAAUAUAGAAUUCGUUGAUAAUAACUUAAAUCCAGAAUUGUUUAAUAUAAAGUAAGCUAUAAAACAAAAUUAAGAAUUAAUUUAAAAAAUACUUAGAAUCCAUCUGGAUUAAGGUAUUUCAUCUAAUUUUAAUGAAAAGAUGUAAAACUUAGAGUUGAAAAAUAUAAAGUUAGCAUAAAAAUUAAAUGAAAUUGCUCGAAAUCAAAAAUUUGCUUAGGAAACAACUAAAACUAAGAAGGAGAAUGAUGAAUUUUUUUUGGAAGAUUUAAUUGAAUUUAGUGAAAUAUCUUAAAUUGAUAAUUGUGAUUUGAAAAAUGAAAUAGUCAAUUCUUUUUAGAAAUAACAGUAUAAAGCAUUUGAUAAAUCAAUAACUCAAACAUAAAAUUUUUAAACUUAUGAUGUAAAUAAAGAAACUUAAUUGAAGUUUAACUAACUAUUGUAAAUAUAUUAAUAAAAUAAUAUUGAUACUGAUACUAAAAAUUUUGAGGGUUAAUGUAUAUCAGAAGAUUCAACAUUACAACAUUUUCAGGAAAUAAAUUUGGCACUCAUAUAAUCAGGUAAAUCUAUGGAUAUUUAUCCUAUAAAACUCUAGUAAUCAUAAUAGCCAUUAGAGAUUUAAGAUUCUUAAUCUUCUUAAUAAAACUUAUUUUUCAGAUUGAAAACUAUAACUGAAGAAUAAUUAAGUUCAAAAAGGAAUUAAUAGUAUAUUAAUCAAAAAAGCAAGAUUGAUACAAGUCCUGUAAAUUAGAAUCUUAAAACCGCAUUAAACUUAAAAAAAAUCAAAUAAUUAGAUAAUUUUUCUUAAAGCAAAGGUAUCCCUUUAACAGAUUAAACUAAAAGAUUUUCAAAUAAUGAGACUUAAUCAAAAGAUUAAACAAAAAAUGAAAUUGAACCUAUUAAAAGAUAAAUUUAGAUUCCAUUUUCGAAUGGAUCAUUAUUUUUUAGUAAUCAAGAUCAAACAUCAAUUUCAAGUUAAAAAAAUUAAAUUGAUUAAAUUUCUAAAUUAAAAGAUAAAACUACUUUGUCAGAAAAGUUAUCUAAAUAAAAAAAGUCCAAAUCCUUUGACUCAACAUCUAAUAAGGAAUAACUAAAACAAUUUACUGGAAAUACUUCAACAAAUAAUGGUCAUUCAAAAGAGAUUUAAUAAGUAUAGAAUACUAUAAAUUUACUAAUACCAAUUGAAUAGGAAAUUUUGAGAAUACUUAAACCUUUAUUAAAAGGCUAAUAGAUAUACAAACGUUUUUCAUCUACAAAACCAAAUAUAAAAAAAUAAGAAUUUGAUCCAUUCAGUUGUUAAAAUCCAGCAAAUUAUGGUUUCUGUCCAAGAAUAAUUUGUUUAGCUAAAAAUUUUGAAUGCAUAGAAUUUAAAAAUUAAAUGAAAAUAAAUGUAAAGUGAUUUCUAUUACCUAGCAAGUUGAUACUUAUAUUAAAUUGGAUGAAAUAAUGAGAACUAUGAUUCCUAGCCCUAUUCAAUAAUGCAUUUAAGUAAAGAAAUAAAUUUAAUGCAAAUAUAUAUUGAGUAAAUAAGAAAGCACAGUUUAGAAAAUAUCUUUUUGGCCAAUGUUUCUGAUAACUCAAAAUGAUGGACGAAUUGAAUUACUUUUUAAUAGUGAAUCUGUUUUAGAAUAAUGGCAAGCUAACUUCCUUUUUUUAAAAAACAAUAUCAAAACACUUCAAAUCAUCAAUAAAAAAUUACAUUAAUGA